UCUGGCUGUCUGUGCUCAGAGCAGUGGGCAGGUUGCCGGGUGAAAUUGAACUUAACAUCUCGUAAAAACUCAGCAGAACACGCCUGAAGCAUGGCCAAGCCGCUGACAGACCAGGACAAGAGGAAGCAGAUCUCGGUCCGAGGGCUGGCCGGCGUGGAAAACGUUGCGGACCUGAAAACUAAUUUCAACCGGCACCUCCACUUCACCCUGGUGAAAGACCGAAAUGUGGCCACCAAACGGGACUACUACUUUGCCCUGGCCAACACAGUCCGGGACUACCUGGUGGGCCGCUGGAUCCGGACGCAGCAGCAUUAUUAUGAGAAAGACCCGAAACGUGUCUACUACCUCUCCCUGGAGUUUUACAUGGGCCGGACUCUGCAGAACACCAUGGUCAACCUGGCCUUAGAGAAUGCCUGUGAUGAAGCCACAUACCAGCUGGGUCUGGAUAUGGAGGAGCUGCAGGACAUCGAGGAAGAUGCCGGCCUCGGCAACGGCGGGCUGGGUCGUCUGGCCGCUUGUUUCCUGGACUCCAUGGCCUCUCUGGGUCUGGCUGCUUAUGGAUACGGCAUCCGCUACGAGUUCGGCAUCUUCAAUCAGAAAAUUGUCGGCGGCUGGCAAGUGGAAGAAGCUGACGACUGGCUGCGUUACGGUAACCCCUGGGAGAAGGCCCGCCCGGAGUACAUGCGCCCAGUCCACUUCUAUGGAAGGGUGGAGCACACAGCUGACGGAGUGAAGUGGGUCGACACGCAGGUGGUUCUGGCUCUUCCCUAUGACACCCCAGUCCCCGGCUACAGGAACAACAUCGUCAACACCAUGAGACUGUGGUCUGCCAAGGCCCCCUGUGACUUCAACCUCAAAGACUUCAACGUCGGUGGCUACAUUCAGGCUGUGCUGGACAGAAACCUGGCGGAGAACAUCUCCAGGGUUCUCUACCCCAACGACAACUUCUUCGAAGGGAAGGAGCUGCGCCUGAAGCAGGAGUACUUCGUUGUAGCAGCAACUCUUCAAGACAUCAUCCGUCGAUUCAAAGCCUCCAAGUUCGGCUCCACAGAGUUUGUGCGACUGGAUCUUUCCACGCUGCCAGAAAAGGUGGCCAUCCAGCUGAAUGACACCCAUCCUGCUCUGGCCAUCCCUGAGCUGAUGAGGAUCCUGAUGGACAUGGAGAAACUCCCCUGGGAGAAGGCCUGGGACAUCGUGGUUCAGACCUGUGCCUACACCAACCACACCGUCCUGCCUGAAGCCCUGGAGCGCUGGCCCGUCGACCUCUUCCAAAACCUGCUGCCUCGUCACCUGGACAUCAUCUACGAGAUCAACAGGAGGCACCUGGAGCGCAUCAGCAACCUUUACCCUGGAGAUGUCGACCGCCUGCGCCGAAUGUCCCUGAUAGAGGAAGGAGACGUCAAGAAAAUCAACAUGGCUCACCUGUGCAUCGUGGGAUCUCAUGCGGUCAAUGGAGUGGCCCGCAUCCACUCUGAAAUCAUCAAAGACACUGUGUUCAAGGACUUCUACGAUACCGACCCUGAAAAGUUUCAGAACAAGACCAACGGCAUCACGCCCAGGCGCUGGCUGGUCAUGUGCAACCCUGGCCUGGCUGAGGUCAUCGCAGAGAGGAUCGGUGAGGACUACAUCCGAGACCUGGACCAGCUCAAGCAGCUUCUGGACUUUGUGAACGAUGACGCCUUCAUUCGGGAUGUUGCCAAAGUCAAACAAGAGAACAAGAUGAAGUUUGCUGCCUAUCUUGAAGAGCACUACAAGGUGAAGAUCAACCCCAGCUCUAUGUUUGAUGUCCAGGUGAAGAGGAUCCACGAGUACAAAAGACAGCUGCUCAACUGCCUGCACAUCAUCACACUGUACAACCGAAUCAAGAAGGAACCUAAUAAGUCCUGGACCCCCAGGACCAUCAUGAUUGGAGGAAAGGCAGCUCCAGGUUACCACACUGCCAAGAUGAUCAUCAAGCUGAUCACAUCAAUUGGAGACAUUGUCAAUAACGACUCUGUGGUGGGAGAUCGCCUCAAAGUCAUCUUCCUGGAGAACUAUCGGGUCACUCUGGCUGAGAAGGUCAUCCCUGCGUCCGACCUGUCGGAGCAGAUCUCCACUGCCGGCACCGAGGCCUCCGGCACCGGGAACAUGAAGUUCAUGCUGAACGGAGCCCUCACCAUCGGCACCAUGGACGGAGCCAACGUGGAAAUGGCGGAGGAAGCUGGAGAAGAGAACCUCUUCAUCUUCGGCAUGAGGGUGCACGAUGUGGAGGCUCUGGAUAAGAAGGGCUAUGACGCUAUGUCCUACUACAACCGUAUCCCUGAGCUGAAGCAGGCGAUGGACCAGAUAUCUGGAGGCUUCUUCAGCCCCGGCCAGCCCGACCUCUUCAAAGACCUCGUCAACAUGCUGAUGCACCACGACAGGUUCAAGGUGUUUGCAGACUAUGAAGCCUACAUCAAAUGUCAGGAGAAAGUCAGCGCCCUCUACAAGAACCCUAAGGAGUGGACCAAGAUGGUGAUCCACAACAUCGCCGGAUGCGGUAAAUUCUCCAGUGACCGCACCAUCUCCCAGUAUGCCAGGGAAAUCUGGGGCAUGGAGCCCAGUUUGGAGAAGAUCGCUGCUCCUGAUGAUCCUCGCUAAACCACAUCUGCCUCUUUCGCCUCACUGUAGCUGUAGCUCACCUCGUGGUCGAACCACUGAAGAAAACCUUGUAGCUUUUUCACUGUGUACUGUGGCGUUGUUUCUUUACCUUACUAAUCUGUACACAACCUCUGUUCCUUCUGGUUCAUCUUGCAGUAACAUAUAUUGAAGUGGGCUUAGUCAUAAUCUGUAUUUUUUUCUUUUUUGUCCCUCUGUGCACCAGCAAUGCAUGUUGUCACUGCUGGGUGAAAACCUUGUAUCUCCACGUCAGCCUUUCAGCAGCUAAGAAUCAGCCUAGAUUUCACUUUGGAAUCAUGGGAUCCUUCAGUUGGAGUGAAAACAUGAACGAAACACGUCCUUAGUUUCCAGUGGUCCUGCUGUUUGGUCGCCACUGAUGUGUGGAAAGUCUCAGUCGAAACAUCAAGCAGUAGCUGAAUCAAAGCUUUUUUUGAACGCUUUAACAGAAUCAGGGAUGAAAUCUUUAACCAAGCUUGGUCUUCCGUUUUACAGGUUUCACGCAGCAGUGAUUCAAACCACAAUUCUAAUAACAUUCCCCUUCUACUUCGGAGCCAGUAUGGCUACCAAAACCCAGCAAAUAUGCCAGUAAACCUCAGCACUGUUGUGGUUCCAAACCAAGCCACGUCUUCCAUGGAAGAGAGAAGGACCACGCAGCCUCAUAGCAGCACUCUGACUGGACGGCGCUGGGAGGAAGCCCCGCCUCCACGUUCACCACAGUCAAACAUUCAUAUCAAUAUGUCAUAUUGAAAUGCUCUCCGACUGCUCUUUCAGUGUUUUGUGGUGUUUGCUGAAUAUAUCCGUUGUUGUGUGUGUUAUCAUCGACUGUCGGGGGAGUCUGCGAUCUCCUCAGCAUGUUUGUGUCUCAUUCUGUCGUCUGUUCCUCAAAGUGACCUGUGUUACAAAAUAACAAAGCCUUCUCUGCCUAAAACCUAAGUGACUGAACUUAUCUUUGGAAGACGUGUGUAGUCUGUGAUGUAGUUGUGUGUGUGUGUUACUUAGGUGAGUCCAUGACACUGUGGAUUUCAGCUCAGCUGAUUUACUGUGACAACCUACUGUCCUGCUUCAGGUACUGCAGAUGACUGAGUGACUGCUGUGGUGCUGCCUGGAGAGGCUGCAGACACUAAGGCCUGUUGACCACACUGACCCUAACAUUUUACUGUCAGUGCGUUUCUUUUUUCAUCAAUAAACGGCAAAAAAUACAUCAACA